UUUAGGGCAGAAGAAUAAAUUCUAAUUUUCUUUCUUUAGUAACAUGGACCUAGAUAUACUGCAAGCCUUCCAGAGGGAAAUCACCUGUGCCAUCUGCGUGCACUACCUUAUAGACCCAGUCACCAUAGGCUGUGGACACAGCUUUUGCAGGCCCUGCCUUUCUCUCUCCUGGGAAGGAGACCCAAAUCCUGCCCACUGCCCAGAGUGCAGAGAACCAUCACAGCAGAGAAAGUUCAAAACCAAUAUUGUUCUGAAGAAUCUGGUGUCCAUUGCCAGAAAAGCCAGUCUCUGGCAAUUCCUGAGCUCUGAGGAACAAAUGUGUGGAACCCACAAGGAGAAGAACAAGAUGUUCUGUGAAGUGGACAGGAGCCUGCUGUGUUCGCUCUGCUCUAACUCCCAGGAGCACGGGGCUCACAGACACUGUCCUGUUGAAGGGGCAGCUGCGGACCAGCGGGCUAAACUCGAAAAGCAAAUGAGAUCUUUAUGGGACAAGAUCCAGGAAAAUCAGAGAAACCUGAGAGAGGAACAAAUAAUGAUUAACCAUUGGAUGGAAUAUGUGCUUCUAGUGAGAAAAAUGACCAGGACCGAAUAUGCAGAACUUCACCCAGUUCUCUAUAAGGAAGAAGAACAACAUUUGGAGGAACUGGAAAGGGAGAGCUGGAAUAUCCUUCAGCAACUCAAGAGAAGUGUGGCCCAAAUAAAUCAAAAGCGGAAACAACUAAAGGAAAUGCACGAGGAACUGGUGGGCAUGUGCCACAAACCAGAUGAGGAGCUGCUGCAGGAUUUGGGAGCCCUACUGAUGAGGAGUGAGUCUGUGCAGCUGCACAUGCCCUGGCCUGUGCGUCCAGAGCUCAGCGUCAGAGCCAUCACUGGA